AUGUCGGUGGUAGCGCCAACCCGUGAGCAAAUUUUGAUGCUGUACCGAGCGCACCUUGCGACGGCGCGCUCUUUUGCAUCUUACAACUUCCGCGAAUACUUCGUGCGUCGCACUCGCGACCAGUUCCGAGCACUCUUGUACCCAGAGACGUCGUCGGCUGCAGAGAACGUGAACGCAAGCAACAGCUUGCUCUCCAACGUGCCGACUACCAAUAAGGCCAUGCCGUCGGUGCAGCCCAUGUCGGCGGACAAACUGAGCAAAUUUUACCAAGAGGCUACGGAAGAGCUCCAAGUGCUCCAGCGCGCGGCCAUUACGAACCGCAUGUAUGCCGGCGAGCGCUUAGUCGUGGAGGACGAGGCGCAUCGUGAAUGGAUCGUGCGGUCCUCGGACGACCUGGGUCGUGAGGCAGCAUCGUAG